AUGUCAUUCUCUAAAUUUGUAGGUGUGUGUCUGGCCUCAGAGCUGUCCUUCUUGUUGGAGCCCAGUGAUGUGAUUGCAGUGAGGGACCGGCCCCUCAUGUUGGAGUGUCGGGUCCAAGGCGAGGAGCCCAUCAUGGUCACGUGGAGGAAAAAUGGCGUGCCUUUACCCACCAGCCCGCGGGUCCGGGUUCUGGCAAACGGCACACUGUUCAUCCAGAACUUCCAGAAACGCAAAGAGGGAGUUGAUGCAGAUAUGGGCGAGUACGACUGUACGGCCCAGAACCGCUAUGGCUUGCUGGUCAGCCGCAAAGCCAAAGUGCUUUUGGCAUCUCUUCCAAAGUUCCACACCCACCCGGCAUCCAUGGCUGUGGACGAAGGAGGCGUGGCCCGUUUCCAGUGUCAGAUCAACGGUGUACCUGAGGCCAACAUCACCUGGGAGAGAGACAGAAUAGCACUCAACACCUCGGACAGCAGGUACACUCUGCUGCCCAUGGGGAUUCUCCAGGUGACAGGCGUGCGUCAGUCGGAUGCCGGGGUUUUCCGCUGCGUCGCCACCAACAUCGCCAAUGUUCGCUUCAGCCACGAGGCUAUGCUGAACAUCACUGGUGGAGCUCCCAAGACGUACAAAGAGCCGGUCAUCCUGUCCGGACCUCAGAACCUCACCCUCACCGUCCACCAGACCGCCAUCUUGGAGUGCAUCGCCACAGGAAACCCAAGGCCCAUUGUCUCCUGGAGCAGACUCGAUGGGCGCUCCAUCGGGGUGGAAGGGAUUCAGGUUCUGGGGACGGGGAACUUGAUGAUCUCAGAUGUUUCCCUACAACAUUCUGGUGUGUAUGUGUGCGCCGCCAACCGACCCGGUACCAGGAUGAGGCGUACGGCGCUGGGCAGACUGGUUGUACAAGCUCCUCCUGAGUUCCUUCAGUGGCCGCAAUCUGUUUCCAAACCAGCAGGGGGCAGCGCUGUGUUCACCUGUGUGGCCCAGGGCGUCCCAGAACCUCACCUGAUCUGGCUGAAGAAUGGCAAAGUCCUAAUGCCAGGACACAACGUCAAACUGACCAAUAACAACAGUACUCUGGCUCUGACUCGCAUCAGCUCAGAUGAUGAGGCCAUCUACCAGUGCAUUGCUGAGAACAGCGCCGGCACCAACCAGGCCAGCGCCCGUCUGGCCGUGGCCCAGGCUAAAGACCUGCCCGCCCCCCCCCAGAACCUCGCGGCCAACGUCCUGUCCACCAACACCCUGCAGCUGACAUGGAGCCAGCCACCCGCUGAUGUUACUGACGGCAUCAUCGGAUACGUCCUGCACAUCCGCAAGAUAGGAGAACCAGACAGUCUGGAGCUGCAGGAGGCCAUCAGUAAAGGCACCUUCCAGCAUGACCUGACCAACCUGGAGCCUGCCACCACCUACUCCAUCUACCUGAAGGCCUACUCACCCAUGGGAGCCAGUCAGCAGUCCAGCAGUGUGGUGGCCACGACACUAGGGGGCGUCCCGACCCCUCCCACCUUUUUCACUAAGGUGGUGAACUCCAGUGCAGUCCAGGUUCUGUGGGAACUCCCCAGUAAGGCCGGCAAGGCUGAGGGCUUCAGGCUGUACUACCGCAGAGUCCCCAGUGCUGACUUCCAGGGACCCAUCCAGCUCCCCUGUCACGUCAACGCUCACACCGUCACUAACCUUGAAACGGGUGGAGUGUAUGAGGUCAAACUGGUGGCUUACAAUGGAAACGGGGAGAGUGAGUGCUCCAAGAGACUGGUUUCACUGGCAGAGGAAGGAACGAGUGCCCAGACCACUGGUGAGUUUAAAUGUCAGUGCAGAGAAGGAGAGGCAUCUUUAGGCAGCAUCGUCAUUGGGAUUCACAUCGGCACAGCCUGCAUCAUCUUCUGCGUCCUCUUCCUUAUGUUUGGAUACCGUCGCAGUCUGUUUUGCAGUAAAGGGACUCAGGACAGCUGGUCUGUACCGAGAGACAACACAGGACACAACGGCGUUCCUAAAGAUGGAGCAAACUGUACCAGAGUGGAGUCAAUGCCUCAGGUAAUCACUCACAACACACUGUCCACUCAGUGCCAGGUCGUCAUCGAGCAGCACUCGUCGGGUUUACCUGGGACGGGCACCGGCUAA